UAUUAGUUGUUAAUAAUUAAAGAAAUUAAAGUUAUACUUUGGGAAAGUGAAGCAGGGAACAUGUAACGAGGAGACGGGGCGGCAGGGUGAGUGAUGACUGACGAAGUGAAUCAGUGCACUUAGCUGAUGAAUGUGCCAACGGAAGACGAGACCCGACGUCUCUUCGUAAAAGUGCUUUCCCAAAAGAAAAACCCAUAAGCCAUCUUUUCUCUUCUCUUCUCUUCAUUUGCUCUGAUUCGCUCUGUUUUCGGAGGUUGUAUGGUUUGAUCGAUUGCAGUUACAGAAAGAAAAUGGGGUUUGUCCCUUCCGCCAAGAAAGUCGAAAAAGUCGUUGAAGGCGCUGAAGGGUCGAGACGGAGAAGGCGAGCAGCCGUGGCCAUAAACAAUGAGUUGAACGACAUAGUCUUCUCGUGGUCCAUCGAAGACAUCUCCAACGAAAACCUCUACAAGAACCAGGUGGGUGAGAUACCAGAGAGAUUUCCUUCGGUGGAGAACUAUCUCGGGUCAUUCGUGUACCCUUUGCUGGAAGAAACGCGAGCUGAAAUAUGCUCCGGAAUGGAGGCGAUCUCUACCCUACCUUAUGCCAGAGUUAUGCGAUUCGAGGAGUGCAAACCCUAUGGGAAGAACUUUUAUGAAGUUACGGUCGAUUUCUGGAGAAACAGAUCGUGCAAGGGGGGGAAGGAACCAUACAAGAUGUUGACAAGAGACGUAUUAAUUUUAACUGAUUCAGUACCAGAAACAGUCUCCGAUCUGCAGAGGAUGGGAAGGAUAUGUGCAUUUGCGUCAGUUUCUAAAAUCUCCGAUGACAAGAGUGAAGGAGAUUUCGCAUCGGUAUAUUUUAAAGUAGUCACGGGGAAGAAAUUGGGAGAUAUAAACUUGAAACAGAGGAAGUUAUUUGCCAUUUUAGUGGGUGUGAACUUGACUACUAACAUAAGGAUAUGGACGGCUUUGCACUUGAGUCGUAACUGGAAUGUCCAAAAGGAAGUUUUGUGCACUGAUUUUUCGGGUGAGGAGGAAUGCAGUCUCUGCACAGUCCAGAGUGAUGACUUUUGCAAAGAGAAUCUCACAGGGAAGUUAUUGAACGAUCUGAACGAGAGCCAAGCGGAAGCAAUCCUUACAUGCCUUCGUAAGAUCCGCUGUCAGCAUAAGCCAGUGCUGGAACUCAUAUGGGGCCCCCCAGGUACUGGGAAAACAAAAGCGACUGCUAUUAUGCUCUUGAGCCUCCUAAGACUGAAGUGCAGGACUGUUGUCUGUGCCCCCACCAAUGUUUCUGUAAUCGAAAUUGCCUCUCGGGUGGUACACCUCAUGAGAGGGUCAGCUUCCUUAGGAGAUCUUCUUCUCUUCGGAAACAAGGAGCGGCUCAAGGUAGAAGGCUUGGAAGUUGAAGACAUAUGCUUGCAUAAUCGUGUUGAUAGAAUCACAGAAUGCACUGCCCCGACAACUGGGUGGAAGUAUUGCAUAUCUUCUGCAAUAACCUUUCUCAGUGAUCCUCUUUCUCAGUACAAUAUCUAUUCGAGAGAUGACCUGGGUAAGAGAAAAUUGUUACUCGAGUUUUUGAGGGAGAGAUUCUUGUAUAUUGUGAAGCCCCUCGAGAGAUGCCUCUCUACCUUGCGUACUCAGAUAUGUGCAAGUUAUGUUCCGAAGCAUAUCGCUCAUGAGAUCACAGAGCUUCUUGGCCAUCUCGAAUCAUUCAGUGAUUUAUUAUCCGGAAAGAAUUUGGUUUUCUUCUCUCAAAGAUGGGAGGAGUCAUUUUCAUGCCGAUCGAAGGACAAGUGUUUGUCCGAAGCACUAACAGACCCCUUGUCUACGCUAUACUUGAAGAGAUCUGAGUGCCUCGAUGCCUUAAAAUCGGUUCGGGAUUCUCUUAACAGGCUGCAAAUCCCUUCCUUUAAGAGUGUGGACGAGAUAAAGGAGUUCUGCUUUCAAUCGGCUUCAUUGAUCUUUUGCACAGUCUCCAAAACUUUCACGCUGCACUCUCUGGAUAUGAAGCCGCCACAGUUGUUGGUGAUUGAUGAAGCUGCUCAGCUGAAAGAAUGCGAAUCGGUGAUUCCACUCCAACUUCUCGGCCUUAGACAUGCUAUACUUAUUGGAGAUGAGCGUCAAUUACCUGCUGUUGUAAAGAGUGAUGUUUCAAAAGAGGCCCGUUUCGGUCGAAGUUUAUUUGAGAGAUUGAGUUCCCUCGGAAAGCUGAAGCAUCCACUCAAUGUGCAGUACAGAAUGCACCCAUCAAUAAGUUGCUUUCCAAAUCAGACAUUCUAUGGCGGCCAAAUUCGCGAUGGCCCAAAUGUAAAGCAUGAAAGUUACUCAAAGCAAUAUCUACCAGGGCUGAUGUUCGGCUCAUUUUCAUUCAUAAAUGUUUCUGAGGGAAGGGAAGAACGCGGAGUUGAUGGAUCAAGUCUGACAAACCCUGUAGAGGCCGAUGUUGCUGCUCAGAUUUUAAGCAAUCUUUACAAAGCAUGGAGCUUGUCAUCGAAGGAGAAUCUCAGUGUUGGGAUAAUAUCACCUUAUGGUGCUCAGGUUGGAGAAAUUAGUGAAAGGCUUGGCAAGAAAUAUGAAUAUUCUGAUGGCUUCACGGUCGCUGUAAACACAGUGGAUGGUUUCCAAGGCAGAGAGCAGGACAUAGUUAUCUUAUCCACUGUAAGAUCGAACCACUGGGGAUCUAUUGGGUUCUUGGCAAAACCAAAUCGAACGAAUGUUGCCCUAACCCGUGCAAGAUACUGUCUUUGGAUUCUGGGGAACCAAAGAACUCUGCGGGGGAGUUCAACAGUGUGGGAAGCAUUAGUUUACUAUGCUAUCGAUCGUCAGUGUUUCUUCAAUGCAGACGAUGAUGAAGGAUUAGCAAAGACGAUCUUGGAAGCUAAGACAAAGUACAAUCAGCUCGAUGAUUUGCUCACCUCAAGCAAUGUACUCUUCAGAGAUGCUAAGUGGAAGGUCAUCUUUGACGAGAAUUUCCGUCAGUCUUUCCGGAAGUUGACAUCACGCCGCACAAGGUCAUCAGUGAUGAACCUUCUCAUGAAGCUCUCCAGUGGGUGGAGACCCAAGCGGAAAGAUGUCGACUUAAUCUGCAAGAGCUCCUCUCAGAUCAUAAAACAAUUUAAGGCUGAGAACCUCUCUAUCUUAUGUACAGUGGACAUUGAGAAGGAAAGCGAAUACACCCAAAUCUUGAAGAUUUGGGAUGUAUUGCCCUUUGAAGAUAUUGCAAAAACAAUCGAACAUCUCGAUGGUAUAUACAUGAGAUUCAGUUAUCAAUAUGUCAGUCGUUGCAAGGAGAAGCGUUUCGAUGGAGAUCUCCAGGUUCCAAUUUCUUGGGAAACUCCAUUUGAUUUUCUCCGUCGGGGAGAUUCUUUGGGCGAAAAUAGCAAAGGCACACCAGAUUCUCAACUGUACACAGAGCGUUCAAAGGUGAAGGACAGCUUGCUGUUGAUGAAAUUCUAUUCACGGUCAUCUGGCAUAAUCAAUCACUUGCUAUCUGACCGAGAUGGGAAUGAAGUGGAGCUCCCAUUUGAUUUGACUAAGGAACAACGCGAGAUAAUUCAGUUUCCACAAAGCACCUUCAUACUGGGAAGGUCGGGAACUGGGAAGACAACUGUUUUGACGAUGAAGUUGCUUCAGAGGGAGCAACUUCACCGAAUUGCUACGAGUGAUUACAGAAUCACUGGGGGUGCCAAUUCCGGCAGAGAGGAUUCUGAGGAGAUGCUUGAAGAGGAGAGCAAAUAUGUGUUGCGUCAACUUUUCGUUACUGUUAGCUCGAAGCUGUGUUUUGCUGUCAAACAGCAGCUUUCACAACUGAAAAGCUUUACCUGCGAAGGAAACUUUUUUGCUGAGGGCUCUUCAACUGAUGUUGACUUCACCAACAAGGCAGACCAGUUUGAGGACAUUGCCGACUCUUUCAUUGAUAUUCCUCACAAAUCCUUUCCCCUUGUCAUAACUUUUAGUAAGUUUCUGAUGAUGCUAGAUGGAAGCAUCGGUUUCUCAUAUUUCGAGAAAUUCCCGCGAUCAAGAGACAUAUGUCGGGAGAAAGUUGGAGCUGCAAGAUCGCUUGCCUUGCAAGCAUUCAUACAAGAGAAAGAGGUCAACUAUGAGAAGUUUUGUGCAGUUUAUUGGCGUCAUUUCAAUGAAAGGCUUACGAGAAAUCUCGACCCUUCAAGAGUAUUUACAGAGAUAAUAUCUCACAUCAAAGGCAGUCUCCAAGUGGGGAACUCUUGUAGUGGCAGGCUCAGCAGGACCGACUAUGUCUCACUCUCGGAUGGUCGUGGAUCACAUCUAACCCAGAAGGAACGGCAUAAAGUGUAUGAUGUUUUUCUUGAGUAUGAAAAGAAGAAGUUAGAGAGGGGAGAGUUUGACCUUUCAGAUGUUGUGAAUGAUCUACACUCUCGUCUCAGAUGCAAAAAGAUAAGAGGCGAUGAUAUGGACUAUGUUUAUAUCGAUGAAGUUCAAGAUCUCACUAUGAGGCAGAUCGGUCUUUUCAAGUACGUUUCUCACAAUGUUGAGGAGGGCUUUGUCUUCUCGGGAGACACUGCACAGACAAUCGGGAGGGGAAUCGAUUUUAAGUUUGAGGAUGUGCGGCGGUUGUUCUACAAUGAUUUUAUGCAGGAAACUGAAGGUGGAGGAAAGAUCUCCAAGAUCUAUCAGUUGUCCCAGAAUUUCCGGACGCAUUCUGGCAUCCUCAAGCUAGCGCAGAGCGUCACUGACCUUCUGUGCCAUUUCUUCCCAUUAUUUGUCGAUGUUCUGAGGCAAGAAACGAGCCACAUUUGCGGUGAAAGCCCAAUUUUCCUUGAGCUAGAGAUGAACCAAAACUCAGUAGCUUCUAUUUUUGGUGAGGGAGGGAAUGUUGCAGGCCUUGGGCCAGAGCAGGUGAUCAUAGUUCGUGAUGAUUGUGCACGAGAGGAAGUUCUCGGACGUUUUGGAAAGCAAGCCCUCGUUUUAGCUUUAACGGAGUGCAAAGGACUGGAGUUUCAGGAUGUGGUGCUGUACAACUUUUUUGGUUCAUCGCCAAUGAAGAAUCAAUGGAGGGUCGUGUACGAGUACAUGAAGGGCCGGAAAUUGCUCGAUAACAGCUUCAUUGGUCACUACCCACAGUUCAAACCUGCCAGGCACAACAUCUUGUGCUCAGAGUUGAAGCAACUGUACGUUGCUAUCACCCGGGCAAGGCAAAGGCUUUGGAUUUGUGAGAACAAUGGGCAGUUUGCAGGAGCGAUGUUGGAUUAUUGGAGGAAGCUCAGCCUCAUCCAAUAUAAAACGGAGAAACUCAACAGCUGCAGACAGAAUGCGUAUACAAGGGCAUGAACAUGCUCUCUUCUCGAAAUUCGUCAAUUCAUUAUGUAAAUUAGUUAUUAUGCAAAUAUCUUCUUAAUCUUUGUUGUACUUGGGCAACAAGAAUGCUAGCAAGUUACCAAGACUCAUUUUGCCUCA